AUGGUCUGCGACUACGCUGGAAGGCUACUUUCUGCUCUAGGUUUCGUCCUUCAGCCCACUCGAGCUGACGCAGCUACCGAGAAGAUGCCUUCAAUCGACAUCGCCCGCCACGAGUCUCCAAUCUACAUCCCAGACGGCGAUGUGUGGUCACAGAACGAUGAAGAAUCCAUUAUUGAGCCCUAUAGAUACAUCGCUGGCCUCCCAGGGAAAGAUAUGAGAGGGAGAUUCAUCGACGCGCUCAACCUAUGGAUGCACGUCCCCACAGAGCCUCUCAAGAUUAUUAAAGAGAUCGUGGCAAAGCUUCACGUCGCCAGUCUAAUGAUUGAUGACAUCGAAGACAACUCUGACCUCCGACGAGGGCAGCCGUCGGCCCACAAAGUUUUUGGGGUGCCUCAGACGAUCAACUCGGCAAAUUACAUCUACUUCAUGACAAUGGAAGACGCCUUCAAGCUCGAACCGUACUCGCUAAAAGGUCGCAGCGCGAUCAGAGCCGUUGUUGCUGAGCUCCUGAGCCUACACAGAGGCCAAGGCCUCGAUAUCGUCUGGAGAGACAACCGAAAAUGCCCCACAGAGUCGCAAUACGUUGACAUGGUCAACAAGAAGACCAGCGGCCUGCUUCGCGUCGCUGCCAAACUCAUGGCCACGUGCGCCACGAAAAAUACCGACGUGGACUUCGUUCCGCUCGUGGACGCGUUCGGAGUGUUCUUCCAAAUUCGGGACGAUCUCAUGAAUUUGGACAGCCGAGAAUAUGAGGAAACGAAGGGCUUCGCGGAAGACCUGACCGAGGGCAAGUUCUCGUUCCCCAUCAUCCACGGGAUCAACGAAAAACCCGAUAACACACUUCUCAUCGAUGUGCUGAACGAGCACCCAACGACCGCCCCGCCCAAGCUCGAGGCGAUCGACUACAUGCGGUACCAGACGCGCUCCUUUGAGUACACCGAGACGGUGCUGAGCACGCUCGAGACGUACAUCCGCGAUGAGAUUGAGAGAUUCGGUGGCAACCCGCCCCUAGUGGGCCUCGUAGACAAGCUGUCCAAGCGUGGAAACAAUUAG